AUGGCGUGCUGCUCCUUCAUUGCCGCUUUGAUGAUUGCCAUUGCCAGUUGGAAGGAAAUCGUCGUGCGAGACGAUCGAGCUCUCCUCCAUGUCUUCCUGCCACCGUGGAAGCCAAGCGAUCCAGUUUCUCACUCGCAGCCUGACGGCCUUCCCGGAUUGAAGUGGCGCCCUGGGCCACAGCUCCUGGCCUAUGGCCUCGAUCCGGCAACGUCCUCCACCUGCAUGCUCGAGGGCAUGGACCUCGUCCGCAUGAAUCUCAGCGAGGGGGGAGUUCCAACACCCGCUCUGCGGAUGAACUUCUCGAGUGCCUCGCCGGGCGUGUCUCCACACCUUUACGCGCCAACAGCCGCCUUGGACGACGUCCUCGGUUUCCAAGCCAAAGGCUACCACUCCACCGAGCCACACUUCCCGAAGCAGGUCCAGCUGAUCGUUCCCGCACGUGCCGCCGAGCCUGGCAAGAAUGAAACUGCCCUGGGAGCCUACCUCCACACCGCUGUGAGCGGCGGGAACCGACGCUUCUUUCCCCGUCCAGGACACAAAAGGAAGAUCGGAGCUCUGAGCUACCCAGAAGGCAUCGCUUCUCUAAAUGACAGGGCUUCCAAUUACUUCGAUCCCCAUUUCAGGGAACCCUCCACGUCCGUUUGGAGUGCAAGGCCCUCUCCGCGAAGCCCUUCCACGAAGCCCUCCCCCGGCCACAUCUCAGGCAUCGCCUUUUUCAAAGGAGACGCCUACAUCGUUGACUCGCAAAACCAAAGGAUCCUGAAGUUCAGUCCAGGCAGCUCCGAGGCCGAGGUCUUCUUCGGCGGCAAAGGCUUCGGCUCCGACCUGGACCAGCUGCACAAUCCGAGAGGCCCUCUCGGCGAAGCCCCUCCGAUGCCCUCCCCCGGCCACAUCUCAGGCAUCGCCUUCUUCAAAGGAGACGCCUACAUCGCCGACCGGUACAACUACAGGAUCCUGAAGUUCAGUCCGGGCAGCUCCGAGGCUGUGGUCUUCUUCGGUGGCAAAGGCUUCGGCUCCGACCUGGACCAGCUUAGCUUUCCAACAGGCAUCGCCUUCUUCGAGGAAACUGCCUACAUCGGGGACUCGGGCAACGACCGGAUCCUGAAGGUGAGUCCCGGCAACUCCGAGGCCGAGAUCUUCUUCGGCGGCAAAGGCUCCGGCUCCGACCUGGACCAGCUGAACAAUCCGAGAGGUCUGGCUUUUUCCGACGGCAACGCCUACAUCGUGGAUUCUUGGAAUAACCGCGUGAUCCAAGUGCCAAGGCCGAGGCUCCAAUCGUUGGCGCAGCAAGCCGACACCCUGGAUUUAGGUCAACAGCUUCGAAGCUGCACUCGGCUACGUGAACACGAGCAUGCGGGGGUCAAAAUCCUCCAAGCCGAAGACUCUGAAAACUGCUUUGUCAGCAUGCCCAGAGAGAUUGAAUCGACUGCCGAGCAGCUGGCCCUGAUCACUGUGGACAAUGCUGGCUCGAAAGCAAUUUCGGCACAGAUCCAAGAGAAGAAGCUUAAAUUGAAGCACGCGCAAAUCAGCCACUUGCCCUUGGGCGUGUCAGUCCCAAUGCGGAAAGUGCACUUUGGCACCUUGCUGUUGACUAUCGCCGUUUCAAGCAUGGCGGCACACGCAUCAGGCAGUCCUAGGGCGCACUGGCUCUUCUUGGUGUUUGCGGUGGCCUUCGCAUCAGUUUGCUACUCACACGGCUGGCUGCUGCCGUUAGCAAAGGCAGGAGACCUCUGGCCAGCACUGAUCAUUCCCGGCCUUGCCCUGCCGUGGAGCGUCGUCCCAGUCUACUUGAUUUCGAAUUUUGCUGAGUUCACCCAGAAUUCGUUUGGACCUGAUUUUCAGGUUACAUCAUGCUCCGAUGGAGUUGCAUGGGAGUUCCAUCUUCUCACAGCCGUCUUGGCUGCUACGACAUGUUCCAUUUGGGCACUGGCACUCUCAAAACAGUUGCAGAAGGUGGCAGAGACCCCUCUGCUUCUGGUGCCAAAGUUCCUGAAGAGCUAUUUAUCUGAUGGGCUCCGCGCGUGGGAUGCAGAACCGCACCCUCCUCUGAGGCGCUUGGAAAUAGCCUUGGCCUGGAUCCACAAAGGGAUCGCAGAUUUGUAUCUUGAUUUCAUCUCCUUCCUGGUCAUGCGCACCUGCGGCUACCAGUAUGCAUGGUAUGGCUUUUUUCUUGCAAUCCUGACUGUUCUUUUGCAGAACGUCGGCGGAGCCAUGUACAUUAGCUUUACUGUAAAGGGUCCUCAAAAGCUGGGCUAUGCUUUUCUGUGCCUGGUCCUAACGCCUCCGUGGAAGUUGCUUGAUCCCAUGGCCUUGGAGAGAGUCGGGAUCUUCCUCACCUCCGUGCGCGUGAUCCUGGAGGACCUUCCCCAGCUACUUUUAAAAGUCCAUUUCACAUUGACCGUUUACAGAAACCCCUUCGUGAUCUUCGACAUCCUGCUGACCAUACCUUUUGCGCUAUUCGACAUGAAGGAGGUCUGCAGCUAUUGCUCGAGAAAGGAGGGCAAGGUGGAGACCUAUGCGCCAGUCACCGUUGAUGAUCAACGUGACAGGGAGCGUGGGCUUGUCCUUGUCGCUGACCCAGCUUUCGCACGGUCACCAGACAACCUCGAGGAUACUGAUGCUGCUGGCACUCCGAGGACUCCAAGCAAUUUCCUAAGUUGUUGUGUCGAUUUCUUGCGCAAGUCGCAGACACGAGCCAUUCAGCCGUAG